UGGAGCUGCUAAGUUUCUGGCGGAAUAUGAAGUCUUUCAUCUUCAGCUCUCCAGCUAAAACUUAAGAAACUCUAGGAGAUCUGUUAUGAUCAACUUCAUCUUCUGAAUGAAUGAACUGGGAUUCAGAAGGCCUCUAGGAGAGUCAGAAGUGAAUUGCUAGCCCAGAUCUACUGAUUUGGAAGCCCCAGGUGUGUGAGGGCUGCCUUUUCUGAUGGGAUACUGCUCCCCGUCCUCAGUUCCUUCAAGUCCUUUACAGAAAAGUCUUUCAGGAAUGGAGGAAUGAAUCAUUUCAUGGACUCGCUUCUCACACUUGCUCAUUGUGCUGCCUUGUUCUCAAGACCAUGUAAAGCUCACAAAUAUUAAUUUCCCUCAGGACAAAAAUUAUACUGCAGGUUAAAAUGGGCAACUCGGAGAGUCAGUAUACCCUCCAGGGAUCUAAAACUCAUGGCAAUACGAUGACUGGUGCUAAGCAAAAGCCUUGCUCCCUGAAAAUCCGCAGCAUUCAUGCGAAAGAUGAAAAGUCACUGCACGGAUGGGGUCAUGGAAGUGGGGGAGCGGGUUACAAGUCCCGAUCCCUGGCUCGAAGCUGCCUGUCUCACUUUAAGAGUAACCAGCCUUACGCAUCGAGACUCGGUGGACCCACGUGCAAAGUCUCCAAAGGUGGCAGCCACUCCAAGCACAGGGUGAACGCCUCAGGAAACGAGUUCCGGGGAAACAGUGCUGCCUUCGCCCCCGGGAAUGGCUUCCACUAUGUUGGCCGCGAAUCAGCAGAUAACCACGUCGUCACCUCCCGAGACUGCAACGGACACCUUCUCAACUGCUAUGGAAGGAACGAGAGUAUUGCCUCCACCCCACCAGGCGAAGACCGCAAGAGCCCCAAAGUCCUCAUCAAGACGCUGGGCAAGUUGGAUGGCUGUCUAAGGGUUGAGUUCCACAAUGGCGGCCACCACAAGAGGGUGCCUCCAGAGGCCUCCAGUGGGCCCGUCCAGCUGCUGCGCUAUUCGCCCACCUUGCAAUCGGAAGACUCCCUUGUGCCCCAAGAAGCCAGGAGGAGUUCCAGUGUCGAUUCCCCACCCAGCCCUUGCCUCUCCCCCACGGACUCCCGCCUGCGGUCCAGCAAGGGCAGCUCCCUGAGCUCCGAGUCAUCCUGGUAUGACUCCCCGUGGGGCCAUGCUGGAGAGACCAGCGAGGCCGAGGGCUUGUUCCUGGUGCCCAGCACUCCGGAUCCCGGCCUCUGCACCAGCUUGCCACCCAAUGAUGCCAAAAAGCCUUUCAACCAAAGCUCUUCCCUCUCCUCCCUGCGGGAACUGUACACAGAUGCCAACCUGGGGAGCCUGCCCUCCUCGGGUAGCCGGCUCUCCGAUGAAUACAUUGGCGCGCACGCCAGCCUGAGCGCCCGCGUCUCCUUUGCCUCUGACAUGGACGUGCCCUCCCGGGUGGAGCGCAGAGACCCUGCCCCUUACAGUUCCUUCACCCUCCCCUGCAGGAAGUCCAAAGCCUUAAUCGAGGAGGCUUCCAAGAAGGACACCCUGAAAUCCAGAAUGCGCCGACUUAGUGACUGGACGGGGAGCCUCUCAAGAAAGAAAAGGAAACUCCAGGAACCCAGGUCCAAGGAGGGCAGCGACUACUUUGACAGCCGCUCAGAGGGGCUGAACGUGGAGGGGCAGCUGCCCUGCCAGGGGUCUGCGUUCCUGUGGCCAGGGGGCUCAGCUCAGCUCCUGCCCCACAGAAGCGAAUCCACCAACGCGAUUGGCGGCGAUCCCCUCCGACAGAACAUUUACGAGAAUUUCAUGCGCGAGUUGGAAAUGAGCAGGGCAAACACUGAGAAUGUAGAGACGUCCACAGAAACUGCUGGGUCCAGCAGCGAGUCGCUCAGCUCCUUGGAGCAACUGGAUCUCCUGUUUGAGAAAGAGCAGGGGGUGGUCCGCAAAGCUGGGUGGCUCUUCUACAAGCCCCUUGUCACUUUGCAGAAGGAAAGGAAGCUGGAGCUGGUGGCCCGGAGGAAAUGGAAGCAGUACUGGGUAACGCUCAAAGGCUGCACCCUGCUGUUUUACGAGACAUAUGGGAAGAAUUCCGCCGAUCAGAGCCACGGGCCUCGCUAUGCUCUGUUUGCAGAAGACAGCAUCGUACAGGCUGUCCCAGAACACCCCAAGAAGGAGAACGUGUUCUGCCUCAGCAACUCCUUUGGGGACGUCUACCUUUUCCAGGCCACCAGCCAAACAGAUCUGGAAAACUGGGUCACUGCCAUACAUUCUGCUUGUGCCUCUCUUUUUGCAAAGAAACAUGGGAAAGAGGACACUGUUCGGCUACUGAAGAACCAGACCAAGAAUCUCCUGCAGAAGAUAGAUAUGGACAGCAAGAUGAAAAAGAUGGCUGAGUUACAGCUGACCGUGGUGAGCGACCCCAAGAACAGGAAAGCCAUAGAAAAUCAGAUCCAGCAAUGGGAGCAGAAUCUGGAGAAGUUUCACAUGGAUCUCUUCAGGAUGCGCUGCUAUCUGGCCAGCCUACAAGGCGGGGAGUUACCAAACCCCAAAAGUCUCCUGGCUGCAGCCAGCCGCCCUUCCAAGCUGGCCCUUGGCAGGCUGGGCGUCUUGUCGGUUUCUUCUUUUCAUGCUCUGAUAUGUUCUAGGGAUGACUCUGCUCUCCGGAAAAGAACACUCUCACUUACCCAGCAGGGGAGAAAUAAGAAGGGCAUCUUUUCUUCAUUAAAAGGGUUGGACACCCUGGCAAAGAGAGGGAAGGAAAAACGACCUUCUAUAACCCAGAUACUUGAUUCAAGUGGCAGCCAUGGAUUUUCUGGAACUCAGCUACCUCAAAACUCCAAUAAUUCCAAUGAGGUUGAUGAUCUUCUGCAUCUCUGUGGCUCAACAGCGGAAAUCCAGAUUUAUAUUCAUUUUCAGGAUAAUCAAGGAGUUACUGUUACGGUCAAGCCAGAACACAGGGUAGAAGAUAUUUUGUCGUUGGCAUGCAAGAUGAGACAGUUGGAACCCAGCCACUAUGGCCUGCAGCUUCGAAAGUUUGUGGAUGAAAAUGUCGAGUACUGUAUUCCUGCCCCCUAUGAAUAUAUGCAAGAACAGGUGUAUGAUGAAAUAGAAGUCUUCCCGCUAAACGUUUACGAUGUUCAGCUUACUAAGACUGGAAGUGUGUCUGACUUUGGAUUUGCAGUUACAGCCCAAGUGGACGACCAUCAGCAUCUUAGCCGAAUAUUUAUAAGUGACGUUCUCCUUGACGGCUUGGCAUAUGGAGAAGGGCUGAGAAAGGGCAGUGAAAUCGUGACCUUAAACGGGGAAGCCGUGUCUGAUCUGAACCUGAAGCAGAUGGAGGCCCUGUUUUCCGAGAAGAGCGUGGGGCUCACUCUGCUGGCCCGUCCCCCAGACUCAAAAGGAACCCUGUACACUUCCUGGUCAGACAGUGACCUCUUCUCCACAGACCAGAAGGGCCUGCUGCCCCCUCCUAACCAGUCCCAGCUUCUGGAAGAAUUCUUGGAUAACUUUAAGAAGAAUACGGCGCAUGAUUUCAGCAAUGUCCCUGACAUCACAGCUGGUCUGAAAAGGAGUCAGACAGAUGGCACCCUGGAUCAGGUUCCCUACAGGGAGAAAAUGGAGCAGACCUUCAGGAGUGCUGAGCAGAUUGCCGCCCUGUGUAGGAGUUUCAACGACACCCAGAUGAACGGCAUGGAAGGGCCGGGGGAGAGUCGGGACCUGCCUCCGAGGCCGUUGGCUCGCCACCUCUCUGAUGCAGACCGCCUCCGAAAAGUCAUCCAGGAGCUUGUGGACACAGAGAAGUCCUAUGUGAAGGAUCUGAGCUGCCUCUUUGAAUUAUACUUAGAGCCACUUCAGAACGAGACCUUUCUCACUCAAGAUGAGAUGGAGUCACUUUUUGGAAGUUUACCAGAGAUGCUUGAGUUCCAGAAGGUGUUCUUGGAGACUCUGGAGGAUGGGAUUUCAGCAUCAUCUGAUUUUAACAUCCUUGAAACCCCCUCUCAGUUUAGAAAAUUACUGUUUUCCCUUGGAGGUUCCUUCCUUUAUUAUGCAGACCACUUUAAACUGUACAGCGGCUUCUGUGCUAAUCAUAUUAAAGUACAGAAGGUUCUAGAACGAGCAAAAACUGAUAAAGCCUUCAAGGCUUUCCUCGAUGCCCGGAACCCCACCAAGCAGCAUUCCUCCACGCUGGAGUCUUACCUCAUCAAGCCCGUGCAGAGAGUGCUCAAGUAUCCUCUGCUGCUGAAGGAGCUCGUGUCCCUAACGGACCACGAGAGCGAGGAGCACUAUCACCUGACAGAAGCACUAAAGGCAAUGGAAAAAGUAGCCAGCCACAUCAAUGAGAUGCAGAAGAUAUAUGAGGAUUAUGGGACUGUGUUUGACCAGCUGGUCGCAGAGCAGAGUGGAACAGAGAAGGAGGUAACAGAGCUGUCGAUGGGAGAGCUUCUGAUGCAUGCCACAGUUUCCUGGUUGAAUCCAUUUCUGUCUCUAGGAAAAGCCAGAAAGGACCUUGAGCUCACUGUAUUUGUUUUUAAGAGAGCCGUCAUAUUGGUUUAUAAAGAAAACUGCAAACUGAAAAAGAAAUUGCCCUCGAAUUCUCGGCCUGCUCACACCUCUGCUGACUUGGAUCCGUUUAAAUUUCGCUGGUUGAUUCCCAUAUCUGCACUUCAGGUCAGGCUGGGGAAUACAGCAGGGACAGAAAAUAAUUCCAUUUGGGAGCUGAUCCACACGAAGUCAGAAAUACAAGGACGGCCAGAGACCAUAUUUCAAUUGUGUUGCAGUGACUGUGAGAGCAAAACCAACAUUGUUAAGGUGAUCCGUUCCAUCCUGAGGGAGAACUUCAGGCGUCACAUCAAGUGUGAGUUACCCCUGGAGAAAAGCUGUAAGGACCGCCUCAUACCUCUUAAGAACCGUGUUCCUGUGUCAGCCAAAUUAGCUUCAUCCAGAUCCUUAAAGGUGCUCAGGAGUUCCUCCAGCAGCGAGUGGGCUGGCGAGCCGGGCAAGGGCACCUCGCUGGAUUCCGAUGAGGGCAGCCUGGGCAGCAGCUCGCCGAGCAGCGGCUGCCCCACGGCCGGGAGCGGGCAGGACGCGAAGAGCACGUCCCCUGGGAAGCACCCACAGACAAGCUUGCCGGACCUUUCGGAUGGUCUCGUCAAGGAGAGCGACAUCCUGAGCGAUGAGGAGGAGGACUAUCAUCAGGCCCUGAGACGGGCCAGCCUGACCAAGGACAUUGAGAUUCAAUUCCAGAGGCUGAGGAUCUCGGAGGACCCUGCGGCUCGCCCAGCUGAACCGCAGCCCGGCCCAGAGGCCGGCAAGGGCCAGGGGGACGGGGAGCACCCCAAACUGGUCCGCGGGCAUUUCUGCCCCAUCAAACGUAAAGCAAAUAGCACCAAAAGGGACAGAGGAACUCUGCUGAAAACGCAAACACGUCACCAGUCCCUCGACAGUCAUUCUGAAAAUGCUGGCAUCGAUUUCAGUUCCGUUAUUGAGCGAGAAUUCAGUGUCCAGAGUUUAACAUCUGUAGUCAACGAGGAGUGUUUUUAUGAAACAGAGAGCCAUGGAAAGGCAUAGUACCCUCUCAGUCAUCUUUCUUUUAAACUGGUGGUAAAGUGGGAACUGCAGGAACACUAUUUGUCACUGGGUUUUGUGCAGUACACACUUUUCCACAAAGUAGCUGUAAAGAUUUAAGUUAUUUUAAUUUAUUGUAGAUCAGAAAACUAGAUUAAACUGGUCAGAAUCUGUAAAUGACUCAGUGUAUACCCCUUUUGAGCAGGUAUCAAAAUGAUUUAGCAUCCUUAAAAAUUGCAUUCUAAUUAUUUUAAGUUAAUGUGGAAAGAGUAAGGUGGGGAAGUUGUGAUUAAUAGCUUUUAAAAAGGUCAUUUUUUUCCAAUCCUUUGGGCAUUUUCUUUGAGCUGUUAGUUUUUGCUUUAUUUAAGGCAUAUUUAAGUUAUUUUAAUGUGGUUUAGGGGCACAAUGUGUAGAUAUUUCAUUUUUGUAAGGUAGUAACAGAUGCUGUUUAUACUAAACAUGUCAUAACUAUGCAGUAUACAUAUUAAAAAAAAGCUUGUAUGUA